CCAGGGCCGGAACUAGGUGUAGGCAGAGUAGGCGGUUGCCUAUGUCGCAAUCAUAGGGGGGCGCACGUUUAGGGUGAAAUUGUUUUAAAUAAAUCCUUAUUUAAUUGCAUUUAAUUUUGUGGCGUGUUAUCUCUUUAACUAAUCUGUAGCGCAUCGGCGAUCAUCUGACUCCAGCUGCGCUCCAGCCCCCACCUCCCUCUUACUCGCUGUGGAGUCUCCUGCGCUUCUUUUCAACUCACUAUGGUGCAUGCGCUUUAGGAAGCAACGCAUGCAGGCAUCGACGGCACACCACGUUGAGACGGCAGCCGCAGAGAGCUGAUCUGGCGCGUCGGUGUGGUACCUGGCAUGCAUUGAAGACCGAUGGGCCUGCUGGUGACUUGGGCACACUGAAAGUCAGUCCUGGUGACUGCUGCAGGGCUUGUUUUCUGCGUCCUGCUGGCACACACAGGAUUCUGUCGGUACCUACUAACUGCAAGGACAAAUUUGGAGAAGCAAAAUGGCAGUUCAACAGAAUCUUACAUCCAUUCUGGUUCUAAAGGAGCCGGCUGAACAGGACCUGGUAUUAAGCCUGAAUUAAGAAGCAGGGACUCCAGUCAAGAAGAAUGUUUGAGAUGGAAGAAGGGUACAAGAGAAACAUUAUAGAAUGUGUAAGAGCAGCAAAAGCAAGUCCUUUAUGUGUCUAGGCUGAACUGCCGCAUGCCACUCAGACACAAGCCAUGACGACCCAACGGUCACUGUCCAACCGACUUUCAGCUGGAUAGGAGAGACGUCGCAGGAGUUUAGUCUUGGAGAUACAGAGCUUUUGGAAGAUUUCAGAGUGAAUAAAGGAGGAUUUUUUUAGCAGAAGAAAGAAGAAGGAGUGAGAGAGAAGAAAGAGAGGAGGAGGAGAUUUAUCAAGAAGAAGAAAAAUGAAUAGCAAGAAAAAGAGAAGAAGAGGCAGUAGCCCAGUGGAUGAUCCAGGAGGUAAGAAGUUUCGAAAAGAAGAAAAGGAGAGAAAGAAAAGAAAUGAAAAAGAGGAGAAGAAGAAAAACCACGGGGAAAGAGAGAAGAAAACAACGGCCAAGAAACGUUCCAGGAGUCCAGAUAAAAGCCGAGAUGAUGGAAGAAAACAGAAGAAGAUUCGAGGGGAACCCGAAACACCACCGGCCCUCGAUAUCAACAAUUACCGCCUUAUUAAACAGAUAGGCAAAGGUUCAUUUGGCAAGGUGAUGUUGGCAUCUUAUAUGAUAAAAGACCAACUGGUUGCAGUGAAGAUAAUUGAAAAGAAAAAGACUCGGGACUUCAAGAACGUCAGGAAUGAAGCGUCAGUACUACAGCUUGCCAGAAGAUGCCCGUAUUUAUGUCGGGGAAUGGCAACACUUCAAACUCAGUCUCUCAUACUGCUAGUUCUGGAGUAUAUGAGUGGCGGCACACUGGAUGACCUCAUAACAACCGUAGGUCGUCUGAACAGUGACCUCAUAAUGUUUUAUUCUGCAGAACUAGCAGUAGGUUUGAAGUUCUUGCAUGCCAAUGGGAUCGUGCAUCGUGACCUGAAGCCUCAGAAUAUUUUGUUGGAUGAAGAGGGUCAUUUGAAGAUCGCUGAUUUCGGCCUCGUCUGUACCAACAUGUUUAAAUCAAAUACUCAGCGUGGAAGGUGUGGAACACCAGGGUAUAUAGCCCCAGAGGUUUUAGCAGAUAUGGAAUACAAUUCAAGUGCUGAUUGGUGGUCGUUUGGUGUUAUCUUAUAUAAAAUGGCCACCGGCAUAUUACCAUAUUCACGGCAUAUCUGUAAAGAAGAACAACUAGAAAGGAUCCUGACUGAAAAGCCGCAAUAUCCAGAAUUCCUUUCUGCGGAAUUACGUGACCUCUUAAAACAGCUCUUGAGGAAGAAGCCCAAACAUCGCCUUGGGGUAUAUGCCGACAUCCGGGACCACCCAUUUUAUUCCACAAUUGAUUGGGUGCAAGUGGAGAGAAGAAGCCUGCUGUCUCCUAUUAUACCACCUAAAAGCUCAGUUAAGGGAUUCAGCAAGAAACAUAUCCCAUUCCCAGAGGAGGACCCCAGUGAGACCCGCAUGGUCGAAAAUUUCAACUACAUUGACCCAAGCUGGCAGGAGUAAUUCCUCUGCCACCACCGAGCUUGAUCUCAUCCAACUGACAUCACAAAAGCUGUGCAACUUGCCACCAGGACACCAGUAGCACUGGCUUCAUCCUGUAAUAUCGGGUAAUGUAUAACAUCCAAGGUGAGCGAAUACUGUUUUUUAAUAUCUUAAAAUCUGUCCUGCUCUACCAACCCGAAUUGAAGCUUUCUCCCCACAUCCACCAUCUUUCAGCACUGCAUGUAAUUGCCAGCAUCAUCACAGAAAGCACUUAUAGCUGCAUUUAUCAUCUCUGUGUGCUUUAUGUGCCAUUUCAAUCUUACGCAGCUUUUCAUAGUUUUAAAGUUUUUAAUCAUAGUCUCAGUUUUAUUCUAGUUUAAAAAAAAAAACAAAAAAAACAAAAAAAACACCUCCCCAUCCUUCCCUGUUAAACAAACUGCCCAUCAUUUCACCUGAACCAACCUUUCCCUAUUUCUAUAAAGCACAGCCUCUUUCUUACAGGCUCUAUAAAGCACAGCCUGUUCCCUGCAGGCUCUUUAAAGCAUCAUACCUUCCCAUUGUACCUUAUUAAGCAACCUUCCCAUCUCUCCAUGUAAAACUACCCUUCCCAAUUCUUUACCAAGCGUAACUUGCUUUUUGCAGGCUCUAUAAAGCUCAGCCUGUUCCCUGCAGGCUCCAUAAAGCUCAGCCUGUUCCCUGCAGGCUCCAUAAAGCACAGUCUGUUUCCUACAGGCUUUAUCAUUAUCUGUG